UGCUCCGACAACCACCAUCCGUCAACCCGCCACCGCGCAGGAUCACUUUUGACGACAAAAUAUGGCCCUCUCUUGCGUUAUCCCAUCUACCAUCGCGCACUCUCUGCAGCCCUCUCGCCAACACUGCAUCGCGGAUGGCUUACAGACCCAGGAGCCUGAGUCGCAGCACGCGAAAAGCCUUGACAAGACGCGUCAUCAUACCCAACACAAACCAAAGAAGUGUCGCAUCGUCGUGCCCGUCCGUCAUACGCCACUCAUCCUCCGAGUCGAGAACCCCGUCGUCUCCCCUUAUGACCGGGAUUGGUACUUUGGCUGGGCGAUGCCAGAUGAGCUCAUCGACAUAUGGCUGACCCUCUUUGACGGCAAUUGGGCGAGAGACUAUUCCACCACCGUUCGAUAUGAGCGCCUCGCGCACCACAUCAAGCGCGAGACGAAGUGCCGCACCGUGCGGCUCGUCCUCACCGAGCUUACAUCGCAUAAUCCAAAGACUUCGGAGGAUAUCACGAGACCAGGGGAGAAGGCAGUCGCGUUUUACGCGGUCGCUCGCAACUCCCUCGAAAAGCUGCCAUCCGAGAAGCAUAUGGAGAGGCUCGAAAAGUUCUUCGGUGCCGAGCCUUGGUGGGCGAUGGACGCUAGAGAAGUGCAUGAACGGGAGACUUGUUAUCAUGGCCUUCGGAUUCCUUUGUAGCGCAGGUGGAAGUGCAGUCCAAAAAUGUAAAUUACCACUUGAUAGCGUGGUUGUACUAUAUUCUUCGCAAUGUUUCGUAGUGUAUAUCGUUUCUGUCGCUGUGUGGGAGGAUGUAAAAUGCUAUCUGCUUGAGAUCGCCACUACAAUC